AGUGCUUAACUCAUGACGUCUGUUUGUUUUGGUUGCCAGAGAUGCCGAGUCGUCGCUCAAGGCAGCAACUCAAACAACUUUAAGCAACUUUAUGCGAAUUUCAGCAAGUUUUGAGCGGUGUUGGAAGGCAGAUGAAGGUGACAGCGACGAGGAGGCGAAGAUAAGAGCAACGUGAAGAGUCGGUCGGCCGAGAACUCCGGUCCUGUGGAGGAGUUUGGGGCCCCAGGUGCAUCGUCAUGGCUUCGCACACGGUAGAUCCCGCAUUAACUGGAGCCAAAAGAAAGUACCGUCCAGUUGUACCAAGAGAGUACGAGGGCAACUAUCACACGGCAGGAGAGUACGAGGGCGACUAUCACACGGCAGGAGAGUACGCCCUGGCUCUGCGCGCCUGGAUGAACCACCUGUACCAGAUGCAGUGUGUAAUGGCCACUUUCCCAUACUUCCUGGCGUCGGUACACUCACAGACUGCUUCUCACACUGGUCAUGGCUCAGCUGUGGUUACUGCUGCAUCAGUAUCUCCGCAGCAGCCACGCACAGAGGCCACACCAGCGCCGUCAACCUCGCAACAACAGCAACAACAGCAGCAGCGAGAACAGCGGCAGAGAGGAGGAGUGGAAUACACAAUACCGCCCCUGUGGAAGAGAGUCGUUGCAGAGUCUAUAGAUUUCCUCCUCCUGUUUGCAAUCAAGCUGGCUGUUACAUUUGCUGCUGUGGACGCCUUCGAUUUGCUGAGUGAUGUUGAAAAAUAUGACUUUGAAAACUUGAGUGCAGACAUAAUGUCAGAUUACAGAGUGGCUCUGGAGAUGACGUCAGAAAUCCUCGUGCUGGAGCUCAUACAUCGUAUAGGCACUUGUGUGUUUGAGGCUUUGUGUUUACAUCGCGGCACCGGUGGGACGGGAGGUGCGACGCCCGGUAAAAAGCUGGUUGGCCUGAGAGUAGUGCGGUGUGAAUGGGUGGCCCCGACGGCAGCAGACCAGGCACUUGUCUACCCAGCUACUGACCUGGGACUGGGUCGUGCCAUCAUCCGUUCAAUGGUGAAGAACUUUUCUCUCACGUUCCUCUUCCCUAUCUGCUUCAUGCUGUUCUCCUUCCAACACAACCGUACCGUCUAUGACAUCAUUGCUGGAUCUGUUGUUGUCGAGGAGCGAACAGCCCGGAGACGCAGGAAUAACAACAAUGCAAAUUAAAUACAAGCUGUACGUUGCACUUGUUGAAAUAGCAACUUGAAAAGCAUGAAGUGAGAGAGAGACAUAGAUGUUGAGUGUUGAUUAAUGUGGUAAUUUUUGUACAUAUGUAAUGAACAAACCUUCAGUACCAACAAUGAAAGUGGGCGGUGGAUCCGUUGACCUUGAUUGUGGUCUUGCGCUCUGAGCCUGCUGAGUGUGUCUUUGUGGUUCACCUGCUCAGAGGAUGGGGAUGAAGUUCCUAAUUAUAGUAUUUCGUUAAUGGCAUGAACUUUGUUGCCAUGUGAUGCCCUUGGUUCGCAUUCCGUAUUUUAUCCUAUUUGUAUUAUGAUCAUUAAGAAGUUUUUUGUUUUUAGGGAUGAAGUAAAAAGUUUUAAUUUUUGUCCCAUCCUAUGUUUCCCUAGGUUAUGUGAACAGUUUUGCCACCUAAAAUGUGAAAAUGUAUUGUGAGAAUUUCAGUUGGUGUCUGAUGGCGUGUUUCUUAACAACAAAAGCGCGGGUGUGUGUUUUUGUAUCGUGUCCAGUUGCUUUAUUGUGUGUACAUUAAAUCUGACGGUUACUUUGAUGUGUGUGCAUGUUGGACAUUUACUCAGUUGUGUGCGCAUGUCCACUAGGACAGUAAUCAGAAUCUUUGCUGUGGGUAAUUGCAAUUUAAAUGUUUUAAGUUUAACUGCUUUUUUGCUCUUGAGAAGAAAAAAAUUUGGGUAUAAUUUUUAUAGUGAUGUAUCCAGAAUGUUUUGAAUGAUGCAGAUAAUUUUAUAAGCCUAUACAUGUGUGGAGGAUGAUGAAUUGUGUGAAUGUUUAAAUGGGAGAGAUUUAUUAUUCAUCAUAAGAUUGAUAGACUGAGAAUGGUUUACAAUUACCCAUAAUAGUUUGGAUGAGAGAGAAGAAUGAUGUAAAAGGUGAACUGAAUGAAAAAAAUUGGCUCGACUUGUUAUAGUGUGAAGUUUGCGCAUGACGACGUGUGCAAACACUCGUGCGCUGUGUAUCAGUAUUCGAUUAAAGUAUCUAAAGAACAUGUUGUAUAAUGUAGGUGUCGGAGAUGAUCUAUGUUUGCUGCUGACAGUAGGUUGCCUAAGACUGUUAAUGGAAGGUUAAGAAAAUCUUAAUAAACGUAACGUAAUUAAAAUGUAAAUUUGAGUUACGUUUAUGGACUGUGAGACUCCUCUGUAAAGAACACCUUACGUAUUGCAGAAGUUUUGACGACUUCAUAUUAGGAAAGUAUUGAAAGACUGUAUGAAUUAAAUUUUUACAAUUUAUAUAUUUUUUUUUUUAAUUUGUGACAAAAGAUGUAAUGAACGAUGUUGGUAGUUUGUCUUGAUUGAAAUUUCAAUUUAUUUUAUAAUAAAAAUGUUAAAAUGAUAAAUGAA